CCCUAAAAAGAAAGGAGAUACUCUAAUUUGCUUGCAUCCGACGGCUCUCUCUCCUUUUCUGACCGGCAUCCGACGGGUCAAAAGCCGCCAUGCCGCACCUAAACGCAACACAACUCGACACACACAAGCAACUGCUCACGUGCCAACCCUAGAGCCUUGGGCUUCCAGCACGUGAUCAUCCCUGACAUUCACCGCAACACGUGGCUUCCUCCGUCACACGUGCGAACUGUGCCAUGGCUGGAGUGAGAGAGGCUGAACUCCAUUUCUCUCUCUCUCUCUGACACUCUCACUCCGCUUCCCAUUUCUUCUUCCCCUGCCAAUUUCACCUGGUUUCAAACCCUAAAAUCUCCAAAUGUUACUUAUCAGAUGUUAAAGUUGGAAACUAGACACCGAACAAAUGCAAGAAUGAGAGAAAGGGUCUCUCACAUUUUUCUUACUCUACUUCUCCUUCUCUGUGUAUAUGAGUCCCAUUGUGACCCGGUUAGGGAUGCGGAAGCGGUAGCUCCUGAUGUUGCAACCGGUGUAAACCCUCAGCCUUUUCUUCCUUUAUUAGCCCCUUCACCAUUGACGCCAUUCACGAAUAACAGCGUCCCAGCAUUAUCAGGACUCUGUACAUUAAAUUUUUCAGCGGCUGUAAAUAUGAUGACCAUAACAGCAACUGACUGCUGGGCUUUCUUCGCACCCUUAUUGGCCGAUGUAGUUUGUUGUCCUCAAUUUGAUGCCACCUUAGCAACUCUUAUAGGACACUCAAGUAAAUCCUCUGGGAUGCUCUCUUUGAAUGCAACUCAUGCAAAACACUGCCUCUCAGAUGUUGAGAAGAUCCUAGAGGGUCAAGGAGCAAACGAGAAUAUUCAAAAGAUUUGCUCAAUUCGACCAGAAAACCUUACUGCAGCCUCUUGCCCUGUUACAGAGGUUGAUAUGUUUGAGAGCACUGUGGAUUCUUCAAAACUACUUGCUGCUUGUAAAAACGUUGAUCCCGUCAAUGAGUGUUGUGAUCAAGUUUGCCAAAAUGCCAUAUUAGAUGCUUCUAGAACAAUUGCCGCGAUUGGUAUGCCAACUUCGGAAGGGGUCCACGAGUUUCCUGAGCACUCAACUAGGAUUGAUGAUUGUAAGAAUAUUGUCCUACGAUGGCUGGCCGGUAACCUUGAUCCUUCUUCUGUGAAUAAGACUCUUAGAGGACUUUCAAGUUGCAAAGUAAAUAAAGUGUGUCCUCUGGUUUUCCCCAACAUGACAAGGGUUGUGAAAGAAUGUGCAAAUGUGAUAAGAAAUGAGACAGCAUGCUGCAAUGCAAUGGAUAGUUAUGUUUCCCGGUUGCAAGAACAGAGCUUCAUUACAAACUUGCAGGCCUUGAAUUGUGCAGCAUCACUUGGAGAAAAGUUGCUGAAAGCUAAUGUGUCCAAUGUUUAUAAUCUAUGUCAUAUAAACCUCAAGGACUUCUCUCUUCAAGUUGGUUCACAAGAGUAUGGCUGCCUUCUGCCGAGCUUGCCUUUGGAUGCGACUUAUGAUAAAACUUCGGGAAUCAGCUUCAUUUGUGAUCUUAACGACAACGUUGCAGCUCCAUGGCCGUCUUUGUCUUCUGAAUCUCCAUCAUCUUGCAAGAAAACUACAAAAAUUCCAGCGGUACCUAAAGCAACAUCUGCACAAAGUGGUCUUCACACUGGGAACUUGAUGUUGCUUUCGUUGCUUUCCUCCCCUUGGUGGUUCUGAAUAUUCUUCCUUGAAGUUUGGUUGCAGACACCAGAGAUUCUCUGCCUCGUUUAUUUAACAGUAGCUUUUACCUGCUGCAAUUGCACAAUCUGAUCUGAUGUGAACUUGACAUUACUGGUCAGAGAUAUGAUCAGCUCAUGACAUGGAAGAGAAACUUACAUAUUACAGGUUCACUGCCAACGUAACGUCUUGUUCAAUAAUCUAUUUCAUGCAAGUCGUUUUCAUAAUAUAGGCAAGUUAUGUUUCGGUCACCAAAUAUUUUACUCCCCAGAAUUGUCUACGCAAGUAGGGAGUUUCCAAUUGGCUUUUUGUGUGAUUAUUUAUUCCUCUGGGUUGCUGGACAGCCAACGUGAAUAGCAAUUAUAAACUAUAGCAUUUAAAAUAUUA